UCAGUGAGUCAGGUUGACUUAGCAGCUGCUCUCUUGUAUUUUGGAGAAAGCUUGGUGUAUAUAUAUAUAUUUUUUAAUCAUCUUAGCGCACGUUUUCUUCUCCAGGUGUAGUGAGACUUUUAAUUACCACCUGUUCGUAGUGAUAAUAAUAAUAAUUAAGAAUAAUCCUCUCUCCAUUCUUCCCUCUCUCCGCACCUUUCCCAUUUCCUGAUAGUCUUUUCUUCCCCCUUUUCCUAUCCCUUCCUCAGCUGCAUUAUCAAAGCAAGAUGAUUGAGAUUAAGGGCCGCGUCGUCGUCUAUAGCAUCCAGGGCUGUCCUCAUUGCAAAGUGGCCAAAAAGACUUUGAAAGACCAAGGAGUCAACUUUUUCGAUGUCUCGGUCGACAGGUUCCCGGCCGUCAGGACUUGGCUGCAGGAAAAAACGGGGAAGACAAGCGUGCCGCAGAUAUUCUUCAACGAAACUUACGUGGGAGGAAAUGCCGAACUGCAGGACAUCCUAAGAGACGAGAAGGAGUGGCAGAAGCUAUUGACGGACAUCCAGGAGAAUAAAGCCAAGGAGGAUGAGCUGAUUAUCCCUCACCCUUCAGAGGCCGUUGAGAUAGAAGAGGAUGUAGCCCCAACAUUUACCUGCGAAGAUGAUCCUGCAGCUGCCAUUUUCGAGGACCUCAAGACCUCUGGGGUUCCGCACGACCAGCGUAUAUCGUUCUUCUCCACGGCCAAGGAUGCAUUCUCGGGAGAAGAUUUUGUAAAAUGGAUUAUGGAGAACAAGAACAUGAGUGAAGAGGAAGCUGUAAAAACCGGAUCAGAAUUGCUUGAGAAGAAAUACAUCAAAGGGGUACAAGACAACACCACAUCCUUCUCAAAUGAUGCCAAAGUCAUAUACAGGCUGACAGAUGGCCGAGAGUCCACUGCACUUAACGGUGGACCGACACAAAACUGCUUGAUUGAGAAUGCCAGUGAUUUCUCGGAAACGCUUAGGAAGUUGAUUAUUCGUCUCUACAAUGACCACAUAUCUACAAGUGGCAAGUCUGUUAACUACAAAGCCAUGAAAGGCACCAGCGACUACAAGGAAUACACCAAGUUGUCUCGAGAACUGCAACGCGUCCCCGUGGAGAAGCUGGACCAGGACGGCAGGAAAGCCUUCUUCAUCAACAUCUACAAUGCUUUGGUCAUCCACUCCACUGUUGAAAAUGGACCUCCGACAAACUGGCUCUCCCGGCUAAAGUUCUUCGAUAAAACAUCCUACAUCAUUGGCGGACACAGUUAUAGUCUCAAUGAAAUUGAAAACGGAGUCCUAAGAGCGAAUAAACGAGGCCCGGUCCAGCUGUUCGCACCUUUUGGCAAGAAUGACCCUCGUCGAAACAUCAGUCUCAUUCAGGUGGAUCCAAGAAUUCACUUUGCUCUUAACUGCGGAGCAAAGAGUUGCCCUCCCAUAAAAAUAUUUAGCGGAAAGAACAUCAACGAUGAACUGCGCAUCGCCACAGAAGCCUACUUGGAGACCGACGAAGCCCUAAAAGUGGAGGAGGACCGAGGCGUCGUCCACCUGUCGUCACUCCUGCGCUGGUACUCCUCCGACUUUGGGGACACGGCCGAAGACAUCUUGAACUGGGUCCACCGCAAUGUGGCUUUCCCGGAAAAGAAGGAAGCUCUGCAGAGGGUGAUUGAGUCGAAGAAGUGGAAGGUGCAGUACAUCCCUUACGAAUGGGGAACAAAUGAAAAUGAUGUCUAAAAAGAAAGGCUUGGCUUUAAUGGUGCUCUUUUUGUUGUAUUUUUGGGUUUGGUACCUGAUAUUUUUCUUUGUUUUGUUGUUGUUGUUGUUGGUGUUUCUGUGUUUGUUUGUCUGUCUUAGUUUUAUUUUAUACCCAUAAGGUCACCUGUGGCAUAUACUCACAUAUUAUGUUGGGGAUAUGUUACCUUGUCUUUUUUGUAUUUUUACAAGUGUAAGAAGAAAAGUUUUCACGUGCAGAUACUUUUUACUCUUGAAAUCAUUGUAUUUGAUUCAGUAGUUAAUCACAGUAGCAAGUCCUACUGACAUUUAUCUCCCAAAUCUUCAGUAGUUUGGGUAAAUACCAGUGCUAUUCAUCAAAUUACUUUCCAUAGGGUUGGUAUUGCCUCACUUUGCUCAUUCAAUAAGCUAUGGCAAUUGUCAGAAUAUUAUCAAGGCAAAAUUUAGUUAGGUCUUUACUUUGAACAAAUAGAUGAAAACACGAAUAUAAGCAGAUGCAAGAAGAAAAAAAAUAGUAUUAAUAAUGAAUUGAGAAUGUCUUCAGCUUGCUUUUUAAGAUCCUUGUCAUAUGUGAAAUUAUAUUAUAUUCUAAAAAUCAUUAUUCAAGCACAAAGGUCAACAUUAUGGUCAUUUGAGGUAAAAUAGAAGCAUCAAUGCUCAUGUUUAGUGAUGCUGGAUAUAAUACUCGAACUUGAUACAUGUAAGAUACUUCUGCAUGGCAACAUUAUUUAUUGCUAUUUUCCAGAAUCUCAUUCACUAUCUAGGAGUUUAGCAGUUUUUGUGCUAUGAUACUUUUUUUUUUCUUGUUUCCUCCUGAUGCAUGAGAAGUAUUAGUAUGGAAAUCAUCAGUGGAGUGAAACAUUAAAAAGAAAAUACAUGUACUCUUUACAUGUAUUGGGGUGCUAAGACUGUGAUCUUUUAUAGUAUUAAUAUUGUAUACGCAUCAAAGCUUCCAUCAGAUUUCUUUCUUUCUUUCUUAAUUCAUCAGUGACAGUAUUAGAAAUCUCUUGGCUUCUUAGACUCCAGUGAUUUCUGGAAACCGUCCUGCAGUUGAGAGCAGAAGUCCACACUUGCAACAGAACUUCCCACUCGACACGCUCUAGCACUUCGCCACACAUAUAGCAGUACCCAGCAGAUUGAGCGGUUUGUUAUGACGGCUAUACACAUGAUCCGGCAGUAACAGGUUAAGGGCAUGGAAGUGGCUUAGUUUUUAAAAUUUACUAACUUUAAUAUCACUGUUUCAUUCUCAUGCAUGAAAAUCUGAGUAUUAGGCUUACUUUUGUUGUGUAGUUUGUAGGCCUGGCCUACACUCACAUUCAUGCCUGGUAUUAAGACUGCUUACCUCCUCUUUGCAUUAUUAUUAACUGUUUUCCUGCAAAUAAGUUAUUGCUGUUUUCCCAUUUUCUGAGGUCUAUAUUUGUUAUGCUGUAUGAAGAUGAUGGUAAUAGAAAAUUUUUAUUGAACAGUAUUCAUAAUAUCCGUCCAGGUAGCUUACACUGAUUGCAAUAACAGUAACAUAUAACCUUGUUAUUUGCAUUAUUUAAAAAUAUUUUUGUAAUGUCCGAUAUUCAGCAAUAAAACCUACAUUCCCAUUAAUGGCAGGCAAAAAUUGGUUUCUGUGAGUGAACAUUAUACCAUCUGUGGAAACGGCCAAGGCUCACAGAUGGUGCAAGCCCUCAUGAAUCAGUGAAAUAAUGUAGGAAUCCCUUCCUGAAAGCCUGCGGAGGCAAUCUCCCUCCAAAUACUUCGCACAUUCGUGAUGCAAGAUCCCUUAUCCAAAUUUUUCCAUGACAAGACAUUACUGUCACCUGCCCCUUGCCUAAACUUUUUUCAUGACGGGACAUGACCCCCCUCCCUUUACCAGGAACU